AGCUCUUGUAAACACCAUGUACGUAUGUCAUGCUAAGAAGACGGUUGUAUAACGUGGUAAUAGGUGCGACCGCGACCUUGGUAGAGAAGGGUCCCACGCCGCGCUGUGUGCCGGAGACAGCCGGUGGUAGAGGGAGUCCCAGGCUGAGCUCAUCAUGGUAGAGGUGUCUGAGCGUAGCUUGUACCUGACCCUGCUGCUCACCUUCUCCGCCGGGGUGCUUGUGGGCUGGCAGGCGAACAGACAGCGCAGGAAGUAUCUGGACUGGAAGAAGAGGAGGCUGCACACCAAGCUGUUAGAGACACAGAAGAAGUUAGAUCUGUCCUGAGGCUGCAAGGCUGAAUGCUGUAUCCUCUCCCUCUGUUACCACUGCUGCUGCCUCUGCUUUGUGCUGAUACAAAGUGAAGAAAAGACAAAUGAAGACCUACCAUGACUUGGAUGUGCUCAUUUGAGUUGAAAUUUUUUUUUUUUUAGCUUCUGUAAAGAAAAAUCUUUAAGCAUUAAAUGACAAUUUUAUUAUAA